AUGUCAUAUUUUUUGAGAAAUUUUGAUCUCGGCGAAUCGCAUACAAGUUGUGCGUCACCAAAUAUUUCACUACAUCCAUCGAAAGAAAAUAAUCUCGUGCAUCCAAAGAUAACAUCAUAUCAAUAUGCGCAAUUAUUGAAAUAUUGCGCGAGGCUUCCACAGGGUGGUCAUAUCCUGCGCUUUCCAACUGUUCGUCGACGAUCUAUUUGUGCAUCCACGGAUUUUGACACUGAUGCAGGCUGGGAAGGUGAUCGUUUUCGAGUAAUGAUUAUGGGCGAGGAUAGACGAGGUACUGAUAGAACGGAUCAUGGUUUUCAGGCAGCUUCAGUAGAUCUGGAACCUCAUUUAGAGAUCCUUGCAACACCUUCAACCUUUGGAGUAGUUGCUAUUGCUAGAGCUAUUAUUUUAAAAUAUGCUCCAUUUCUAAAAGUAGCUCUUUCAUCAUUUGUCGAUAACAGAAUCGAUUCUCAGCCUGCUGUAGAAGUUGAAUGCAAGGAUGAAUCUUUGGAAAAAAUUCCAGGGAAUGGAAAUGAAAUAGUACUAUUGGGAUUAAAAUGCAUGUUUUCGGUGUUGUAUGAAUUGAACAAGCGUGAAUCAGAACUUUGUGCCGAAGCCCUUACCUCUUUACUUCAUUUACUAGAACAUAUUCCAAUUGAUGCUUUAGCCAAUGAAGCUUAUGCUUCAAUACAAAGCAUGUUUAAUAUGCUCUACCAAUUAAGAAUGGAAGGCGCUGCUGAAGUAUCAGCGAAAGCAGUAUCAUGUAUGAUUGCUUUAGCAAUUGCUUAUGGUGCUCCAGAAUUCAUCCUUUCAUCAGUAGCUACUCUCUUCUGUGAUAAACCCAGUAACUUACCAGAUGAUGCAACUAUAUUAGUUGAGGUACCAGAAAAUUAUCAGAAAUUAGCAAAUUUGGUACGACGCGCUCUACUUCGGAACAGUAAUGAGCCAGGAUGUACCGGUGAUUGGUGGUCGCACUGUUUGGCAGAACAUGCCGUAUUAUCAUCUUUUGAUGUGCGAAUACCAGAUAAUAUCCUUCCGGAUACUCCAGAUGAUCGUCGACUUACCGGAGCAAUUGCCUGUGAUGGAGAAUAUGUGUAUGUUCUUGCAUGUUACGGUUUAUUCAAAUAUGGCACAGGUCUGGCAGAAACUGUCGAAGGCAAAUUGUAUGCUUCAAAUAAUAAUUUAAAAGCAAACAAAGGUUCUUGGUUAGCAAUAUGUGGUGGUGCUUUAUAUCUUCGGCGACGUCAGUCAUCCCGUAUGUGGGUCAUUGAUACCAAUACUCUUCGUGAAAUCGGAGAAAUUAUGCUACAUACAAGUGUCAGUUCAGGUACCAUUUUCACUGAUGGCACAACUUUCUAUCAAGCCACUGUAGACGAACAAUGGACGUUGGCGGUUACUCCGUUGGACGAUUCAUUCACUCCAAUUCGGGACCUUCGACAGAAUCAGAAAUUCCGACUUGCGGAAUUAAAUUAUAUCGCUGUCGGUGAAACAUAUCCGAUACCACAUGAAUUACCUUUAGUCCUUCCUAAAUCUUUACAAGCUCAGGCAUCGGAUUUACAAAUGAAUCGAGAUAUGGCAUUGCUGCUUGCAAGAAACGGGAAAGUCUAUUAUGCUGGUGAUGGUACCCGACUAGGUUUGCAGAAUGUUGGAUGCAACUGGAUGAAGCUAGUUUUGCCGGAAUCAAUAGUUUCAAUAGCGGUUGGCUUUGACACGGAAACGAUUGUAUUACGUUCUGGAUCCGGACACAUAUGGAUUGCUGGUGUAGGGCCUGAUGCGGUACGCCAAGGUAGUCCAACUGCUGGUCGUUUUCAAAAACAGGAAGCCGGCUCAGCGGCUCUCAAGUUGAGGAAAUUUCAAAGUGUGAACAGACGGCGCUGCUUGUCAGUAGCAGUAUCUGCUGGAAGCAUAGCAUACGUGAUGGAUAAUGGGAAGGCAUAUGUUUGUGGCCGGCAUACAAUGCAGUGUCAUCCGGAAACUGGGCAUAUUUAUGGCUUAGAAAAUGUGCAUUUGGCAUUCAUAGCUCUUGGCAAAACCCAUGCUGUUGCAAUUACACGUCAUGGUCACCUCUAUACAUGGGGCUUGAAUAAUCUCAAUCAGUGCGGUAGAAUCGAGUCUUACAUCCAUCCAGAAGGUGCUAAUGGAAUAAGUGAAAAUGAGCUGUCUAAAAUACCAAAAACCGACGAAGCAGAACAAAGUUCGUACUGUCUUCCGAAUGAACAUCUUUGGGUCAAAGAUUUUGCUUCUAUCUGUUUGAAAUGUGGCAAAUGUUCGGCACGUGGAAAUCGAUGUGCACCAAUAAGGACUGAACGUGAUGUGAAAGGGAUGCCAUGCACAUGUGGAGAAGGUGAAACAUGUUGCUUAAGGUGUGGUUUAUGUCGUGCAUGCGGUGAAUUUAUGAUCGAUGCCUUUGAUCGCGACAUGCGAAUAACACCACCAGGAGCAGUAUUUCCACCGUCUCGUCUAGUUCUUCAGAGAGAUAGUCCCGAAAUUAAAGUUUCAUUCGUAUGUUGUGGCAAUUAUCAUACUGUUGUGUUAGCAGCUGAUCGACAGGUCUUCACUUUUGGAUCAAAUUGUCACGGGCAGCUGGGUGUUGGUCAUCUAAGGAAAUGUGUUGGCCCGCAUAAGGUGAACGUACCAAGUAAUGUACAAGUGGUUCAAAUUGCUGCUGGCUCAAAUCAUACAGUAUUAAGGACAGCAGAUGGAUCUGUAAUCACAUUUGGUGCUCAUAGGCAGGGUCAGCUUGCAAGAAAAGGAAACGAAAAAAAUUGGUUUGCGGUGCCAUCGUUUGUGGAAGGAUAUGGUCGUGGAAGUGGUACUGUUGCGACAUGGAUUGGUGCAUCCGGCGAUACUACUCUGAUUCAUAGCCAAAUUCGUAUCUACAGCAAUGAUAUCAUUUCAGAUUGUCAGGCAAGCAUCGUUGCAGAUAGUGAAACUAUAGUGAUAUUUCCGAAUCAGAUCGGCAAAAAUUAUAUGGCAAUACGACGUAAAUUUAAUACUUUUUACCAGUAUUCACUGGGUACUGAAGGUCUUUACACUAACUGGUGUUUGGAAUCGAAGUAUAAUUUAUUGUGGGGAUUUAAUACCGCUGAAAUGCGUAUCAGAUCCAUCACUGACUCUAUUCCAAUUUCUGGUAAAUCAGAUGCUAUCUUUGACGAAACCUUGGAAGAGAUUGUCAAAGAAAUUAGAUUUCUUCGUGCGCCCGAAUUUACAAUUCCAGUAUCGAACAAAACAAGUUUAUCUAUCAAACAAGUUGCUAUGAAUCUUUUUGGAAUCGCUUAUGCUACAACGGUGCUGGAAAGCAAACGAUCGUCUGCACAAAAGAGUAUUCAGCUUAUUACGGAUCCAAAAGCAUCAAAUUUGGUUGGUGCCGUAAAUGGAGGAAACUUAUCAUGUGGUUAUCAACGUAUCAAUCGUUUUGAUGGAUAUGGUGGUGGUUGGGGAUAUUCAGCCCAUUCCGUAGAAGCAAUUCAGUUCCGUACUUCACGGGAUAUUCGAUUUUUCGGCGUUGGCUUGUAUGGCGGACGUGGCGAGUACAUUGCGAAGUUAAAACUUUAUCGUCUUUGUCCACCGGAUUACGACGAGCAGAAUGUUGAGUUACUCAGUGAGUCUGACGAAAUGCUCUAUGAAUGUGCUGCACACGAGAAAGCACAGUUAUUAUUCCCACGGUCCAUAUUAAUUAAAUCUAACCUGUGGCACGUUAUUUGUGCACAAAUUAAUGGUCCAAGUUCUGAUUGUGGCUCCAAUGGACAAUCAAAUGUUGUUGGUGAUGGUGGGGUGCAAUUCUUUUUCCGCAAUUCACGUAUGUCCAACAAUGGAACCGAUAUUAAUGUUGGUCAAAUUCCGGAAUUUUUGUAUGUUUCGGAGGCAUUCGAUGGACAAUUACCUAAUUUUGAUGCAAAGGAUAAAACUCUGGAUAUCUCCUAUAAUUAUAUUUCGUGUGCCAUAAGUUCACAUCAUUUAUUAGCGGUUUCAACAAUUACAAUUGAGUCAUUGUUUCGUCUGCUUGAUUGGUCUAUUCAAAAGGCUUUGAUUGAAAUGUCUGAUGAAGAUAAGACAUGGUUCCAAGAAUAUAAUAUGGUUAUUGUCAUCCUGUCAUUAAGAUUUUUACGAUUUUAUAUUUGCUCACUUUACUUCCCAUCGAAGAGUAGAAAACACAUAAAUAAAAAAGAGCCAUCGAGUAGUAUUGCUGAACAAAUGGUACGAUUCGCAUCUAUAAUUAGUUCAAUUUUUGAAAUUGCAAAUGAUCAUCGUGGUGAUAGCGCAGCUUGUUCAAUAUUACUGGAAGAAACAGUUAAUUGUGCAGUGCAAUGUUCGCAUGUUCUCUAUCCCAGUUCAGCAGUCUUUCUGGAUCGACUUUCCUUUUUGAUGUCAACACCAAACCGUGAAUGGUCGUUAGUUCCAUUAUUGAAUGCGCUAUCAAAUCAGGAAUAUGUCUUACCAACUUUGCUUGGUUCUGAACGUAGCUUUAUGCAGUUCCCGAUUUUGCUUGCUAAAAUAAACGAACAGUUUGGUAAAAAAAAAAUAUCUGGAAACCAACAUCUUGUUUCCAUACAAAAUAUAUUUCGGUUUCUCUUUGAAAUGGCUUUUACAUCAACAACGUUGGUUCAGAAUGAGAGUCGAAUGCGGCUUAAAAUUGCUGCACAUUCACUAAUUACUGCAAUUGCACGAGAAUUGGUAACAUCUAAAGAUGCUGCUGGCGAUGGUCCGCCUAUUCUUCAAACACCAAAUAGAUUUCGACAUACUUCGGCACAUGCAAGUUGGGAUGUAAGUAGUGGUGCAUGCGAUGCAAUUGCAUUAAGUGUUGAUUUAACCGGCAUUACUUUAUAUGGUGUUGGUGUAUACUGUGCACAUCAUGAUCAGGAGCAGGGUUUUGUAUGUGAGAUACUGUUUAAUCGUGGUGAUGCAGCCCAUGAACAAUGGGACGUACUGGAAAAGGUUGUUGGAACAUUGGCAAACAAAUUUGAGCCUUGUCAGCGAGAAAUUGCUUUGUUACGAUUGACUAAAGCUAUUAAGUUGCAACCUGGUUGUACCUAUGCUAUCAGAUUACAAAUUAAUGGUGGCAAAACAUUUUGUGGUGAAGGCGGCAUUGGUACUGUUAGAUUAUGUAACGGAGGCCGAAUGCAUUUUGAAUCGUGUAGUUUAAGUCUAAAUGGAACUUCCCUGUCUCGUGGCCAAAUACCAUUCGUUCUCUAUUCCGUGCAGGAUGAUGAAAGCGGUGUUAUUCAGCAGUUGGCUAAUCCUGAACAGUUGGCUAAUUGGUUCUUGUUGCUAAUUCGAAUGCUAUCAUCCAAAAUAUCGGAUCUAAUUGCAGCUGGGAAUCUUUUAUCUCAGGAACAAUCUUUUUGUUCAAGCAUUGCAGGUUAUAUAAUGGUUUUUUUGGAAUCGAAUCCGCAACGUGCAUUAGAUGUAGUUGCAGUGUUGGAUGAGCUACUGCCUAUGGUUUCAUCAGCAAAUGGUGAACGACUUGCUGAGGAGCGAGAACGUGCACUUGCGAGGUCAACACAGCAGAACAGCUCUUAUUCACGUACUUUACAAACAGUUGUUGAAUCAACACAUCCAUAUUCAUCUUGUGGGAUCCAUUCGCAGGUUGUCGACUUCGGAAAAGAAGUCCAAUUUAUGACGGUGCAGUUCAGCGAAGAAUGCUGUACUGGUCAAGCAGAUGAUAUUUUAUGGAUUUAUGCCAAAGUUGGUACUGAAUGUUAUGUACCUAUUGGAAGAUAUUGCGGUGAUCGCAGCUGGCCUGAUCGUAUACUUUUGAUUCCGGGCUGCAAUUUAUGGUUCAUACUGGAAUCGGCAUCUUAUUCAACAGAUAAGCCUGUUGAACAGAUCUAUGGUUAUCGAUGUACAGUUACAGGAUAUCGGUAUUCGGAAAAAGAUUCCGGCAUGAUUCUAGAAGAAGAAUUGACUUGGAUUUGUGCAAGUGCUUGCAGAUUACUUGUCCAGAUUCCAUCAGUUAAAACAGUGGUAGCAGCAAUAACGAUAAUCGAGGAUGAAAUUGAUGAUAUUGUCCGUAAACACGGUACGCUGCUUCGGAAAGGGUUAAAUCUCUCCCAUGUACCAACAGUCAAUGAAGUUCUAAAGCGUAGUUUACCAAGUCCUACACAAACUUCAGAUCUGAAAUUCUUGAAAGAGUUUAUUGCUGCUUCUACAAGUACUCUUGCUGGUUUCUUGGCACGAUGGAUGAUGAAUGAACCCGUUGUUGAUCUUCAUUCUAGUCAGUUGCAAAUGUCUGAUGAAGAGACACGACUUAGAAUACCCACCCAGAUAAAACUCAUCCCUCGAGAUCAGUAUGGUCGUCUUGCAAUAUGUCCGAAUAUGAAGGUCGAAAUUACGGUCCGGAUUGGUAUGGCAGCAGAAAAUAGCAAUUCAAAUCUUUGUCCAACUGUCAUUCGUAAUUGGUCAGCCACAAGUCUUCCUCUGCCACAAUUCAUCAAGGAGCCAUAUCGUCCAGUUUACAUUAACAAAGCGCGAUAUGUUUCGAUUACGACGAUGACUGCUUAUCAGGACUAUUGCUUUGAGGAAUUACGUCUUGCAUGUUACAAAGAUACGAUGAUGAAGGAGCAGCUUAUUGUAAACCAAGAGACUGAUGGCAGUUUUUCAACCAGCUGGACACCCAAACAUGGCGGCACAUAUAGAAUCGAAUGUCGUUUAGAUGGAUUUCAAUUGGCCCAGAGCUAUUUGGUUGAGGUUCGAGAUAGUAAUGUGUUUGGUGAUUCAGUGUCAUUGAAAGAAGGCAGUCAAAAUCGUUUAAGUCGAAAGGUGGCCCAUUUUAGCAGGACACGUUUUGCUUUUUGUGAUCAGAAACUAAUGACAAGAGGUAUACGAAUCCGUGCUUCGCCAACGCUGAAUUCUUCAGAGAUUGGUAUUAUACCUCGUGGUACCACCGUUUCUUAUAUCGAAGAAGUAGAAAAUACGGAUGGUGUUUGGUUACGGCUUACUGAUGAAGCAUAUGCGAUGUACUGUAAUACGCAAUUACCUUCGCAGGGUUGGUGCUUGCAGUAUAGUAAACAUCUGAGACGCUCAUUUUUAUUGCUACAAUCAAAUUCUGCAGAAAGUCUUACCUUUGGCUCCAGUUUACUAAGUACCACCAUCCAGUUACCGCAGAAUGCAAGACCAACCAAUGAGCAGUAUCUUGAGCAGUCAUUGCAAUUGGAUGUUAAGGAGAUAUACACAAUAUGUGGAUCACUUCCAGUACCAGUUUAUAAUUAUCCAUCAGUAGAUGCCAUUUCUGGUGAUGUUAUUAACAAUACAGAAACCGAUGAAAUAAGAUCAUCCGGUUGGCUUCACAAUAAGCAAGGAAUAUGGAUACGGUUAUCAGGCUCCGAUCAAAAAUAUGCUUUUGUGCAGGAUUUAACUGGCAAUCGAUACUUACAAAAAAUAAGUGCCGCUACGCAACGCUGUACCAAUGGUAAUGAUGAAGGUUCGCCGACAGGGCAGAAACCAGUAGCACAAAUUUAUCCACGAUCGAGAAGUGAGCAGCCGGUACAAGCACUGAAGCCUUCAAUUGUUGACUGUUGUCGAACUGUAUUCGCUGCGUUUCUGUGGCAUGAACGAUUAGUGAAGGAUGCGAUGGUGUGCAGUACUUACCUUAAAUUUCAUCCGGAAUUACAUACCAUAAAUUGCGGUCAAAAUCGAAUGGAACUAAUAAUGGCUACACCACUGCAUUCACUUUUCAGUAUCUGGCAAGAAAUUAAUACGGCUGUACAAGCGAGCAUUGAACAGCGCUCAGUAUUUCUGCGUCCAAUAACCGUUCAACAGUUGAACGUGAAUCCUAUAAGUGUGAGUAUUGACAACUCUCGGCAGAGAUCAACUCAACGAAAGGAUUUAUGUGAGCUUUGUGAAGAGUGGCAUACUGCACCAGUGACCACGCAUAUGCGCACUGCACAUCCCGGAUGUGGCAAAUAUUCCGGUGGUCAGGGAUAUAACAGUUCCGGUAAAUAUACAAGUGGAUGGUCAGGAAAUUGCGGUGACGGUGGACGGCCAAGUGCUAUUUGGUAUUUGAUGUGUGCCACAUGUCGAUCAAAAUAUUUGCUACAGACUCCAUCCGGAUAUCAGCAGGAGCGAAGCCAUCGAUGGCAUGAAUUUUGCGCCUCUUCAGCUGCUGCAGAAAUGUCUCCAGAAGCAGUAAUUAAACAAAACGCAAUAUUUCUGUUAGAGCUGAAUGCGUGUAUGGAAGGUGAUAGUAAGGAUACAUCAACAGCAACAUCAGGAUGGACUAUAAAUCUUUUCCCACAAGUAUCCGUCGUAACACCAACAAUAACUUCUGCAUGUAUACAAACAGAUGGAGUAGCAUCGCAACCGCAAUUAUCAAAUGAAAAUUGUUGUUACCUACGAAAAUUGUCAUAUGCCAGUGAUCCAGGACCGAAGCAUAUUGGUGUUGGUGCUCAUUUCGCUCUUUCAAAUUGCAACCCGUUGUAUUCGAAGAGACGGCUUGGUUCAUCGCCCCUGGCAAAUGAUUCCAACCGAAGUGAAUUGGUCAGUUCGAUACGUCGGAAGAUGUUGGAGGGAUAUGAAAGACGACAGUCAGCUGAAAUUGUUCGUAGUCCAUCUGUAGCAUUAAAGUCACUGUUGGCAUUGGUUGAACAGAGUAACAUUUCGGGUAGCCGUAAUUUUUCAACAAAUCAAAACGUAUCGCUUCGUCGACCAGUACUUGCUUUUGUCACAGAGCGACAUAAUUUGGCUCGUAUACGAGAAGCAAUGGCAACUGCUGUAGCUCGUGCUACAUUCUUCGCACAUUCAUUUCGUGUUUGGAACUGGCUUCUAAAACUGGUUUCAACCGAAUCUAGUGUUGCGGAUAUUCUUUGGCAAUAUUUGACGGCAAUGAAUUCCUAUGUACCCCUAUGUCGAUGGCGUAAAAACAAUUUACGUUUAGCAACAAAUUUGCGACUUUUACCACAUCCAUGGCAUGUCUGUUAUUUGGCCGGCCCAAUUGCCAGUAAAAUGAUCCACCAGUUACAUUCCUUUCUGCAUACUGUUGCGGUUAUCCUGCAAUCAAGUGGUGUGGACACAAACCUACGCUGUUUAUGCUUCCGAGUUUGGACCUUCCAGUUAACGGUUCAUGAACAGGAUUUGCUUUUUCUUAUAUGUGAUGUGUUAGCAAGUGUUGGUAACGUUCUCGCAGAUUCAUCCUCAGAUCAUUCGUGGAGUUUGGACGAUGGCGAACGAAAAUUAGACCAUCGGUCAUCUCAUGAAGAUAGACCAUCGCUGCCUAGAAAGACGCAAGCAGAUGUGAAACAAAUGGAAGAUAUUACUGGUAUUUUGCAUUAUGAAGCAUCAAGCCGUCAAGCAAUGAUUGGAUGUUUAAUUGACGGGAAUAGUGAAACUUUCUGGGAAACCGGUGAAGAGGAUAAAAAUCGACCGCGCUAUAUAACAGUACAUUGUGAUAUUCGAAGCUAUAAGGCAACACUGCUCACUGUAUAUGUGGAUAAUGUUCGUGAUGAGGGUUAUCGAACGUGUUCCGUUACAGUUAUUACUGCGGAAAGCGAUGGACGACGCCGAAAGAUUCACUCUGAGUGUCUUGAUCAUCAAUAUAUUGGCUGGAUCAAAUGCUGUAUUGUUGGAUUGAAUUGUAUACAAGUGAUAUUUCGUGGAAACGAUCCCUCCUUACGUAUACGUCAGCUUCGAGUUUUUGGUACUAGCACUGUAUUAGAUGUCUUUAAUGCUCAGUCAUUUUCUAAUCGAAGCCAGUUGAAACAUUCGCCAUCACAUCAGCUGCUGUUCAAUGCUAAUCAGGAUGAUGCAUUCGCAGUUUUCCAAACUAUUGCUGCUCAGGCAUUUAGUGACGAAUUUUCACAGGAAGAGAAUGGUACGCUACGGCAGCAAGUGCUUGAUUUGUUAUUUAGCCGUAUACAGUUACAACCACUUCAAACAUUUGUUUGUUCUCAUAUGAUCAAUGCUUUAGAAAGGGAAGUGGCAUCGCUGCGUGAAAAAGCUAAGCGCAAUUAUUCAUACGUUUGCGGUUUGAUGGGAAUGUUACUAAAGAUUUGUGGUUCACGUCAAGGUCUGGAAGUGUUUGGUGUCAAAAAUAACAUUCUCAUUAUCCUUUCCGAGCUUUUGUUAUUUGCUCCUCAGGUAGUACAAUAUCAAGUAUUAGAGACAAUUGAGUGCCUUUCUAAGUUAUUCACACCUUCCGUGGUGGACUGUUCGAAUUUCAUACGGAAUUUGCUAGUAGUGAUAACAAAAGUGAUAACAUUACAGAUACGUGACAAAAUGACACGAUCACUAACUUCAGCUUCUUUAGCUACUCAUGUAGCAGGUGCACCGAUGUAUUGGCGAAUAGAUCGAACAGUCAGUAUCGAUAUUGCACAUCUUGCAAAACAGCUGUUGAGAAAUUUGAGUGAAGGAUUACUGAACGAAUACUGGACAAUUCCUGUACGCACAGAAAUUGCAAAUGAAAUUAUGAAUUUAACCUGCUUGAAUAUUACUCAUUCAUAUGGUAGUGAUCAUUCGGGAAGAACAGUAGCGGAAGAAAAUGCAAUAGGAGGACCAAAUAGCUCGGAUGUUCCCGAAUUUAUCAAUACCAAUAAUUCUCGGCCAAAUAUGCUGAAGAGUGGAAAAUUCUGGCUUGCUGUAGCUGCAUUAUCUUUAUUGAAAGAGAGCCAAUGGUUGGAGUUGUCAUCAGUAUGGCAAAGUUUACAGAAUAACAAAGAGAGUGUAUCGGGAACGGUAUGCGAUAAUCACGAUGAUGGGCAUACCUUAGCUAACGUAUAUUGUGAAACUUGUCAAUGUUCUUUAUGUCGGGAAUGCUUCUCUGUGCUUCAUUUAAACAAACGAAAUCGCAGUCAUGCUGUACAAUAUCUCGGUGUAACAAAUGAUUGUCCACAAGUUGAAAUACAUGAAGGUUCUACAAGAUUACGUUUACCACGUAUUUUGAUACUGUUUAAUCCAUCUACUCUGAACGGUAUGGUAGAAUUUAAUCAAAGCAUUAUCCGAGAAAAUAUACCUUCAGCAUCUUAUAAUCGAAUUUCUGAAGUGCCAAAUCAUGCUCAAACAGAUGAUAGCCAUAUUUGCCGUUUUUGUACUGCUCCAUUACGCCCAGAUCAGGUGAUCGAUGGUUUGUGCGAUCACGAUGAAUGUCUUCAUUUUGCAACAUUUGCUUGUCAACGACAACUCUCAUGUGGUCAUAUUUGUGGUGGUAUACGUGAUGAAGAAGUAUGCUUACCGUGUAUGCAAUGUAGAAAGCCAGAUAUGAAGCAAGAUGCAGAUGACUUAUGCGUAAUAUGUUUUACGGAUCGUUUGGGUGGUGCACCGUGUAUUCAGUUGGCGUGCGAACACGUUUUCCAUUACCAUUGUGUGCGAACUGUACUCGAAAAACGUUGGGAUGGACCACGAAUUAUUUUCCGCUUUAUGCAAUGCCCAUUAUGCAAGAAACAAGUUUGUCCUGUCUUUGCAAUUCUUUCCAUUUGA